GGAGGGUGGCAGCACGAGAAAGAGGAGACAGUCCUCAGAAGUGUGCACCAGGGAGCAUCUACGACUUUGCAGAGAGAGCCGGAAAGUGCCCAGGGAGACGAGCAGAGGUGUUGGAGUACCAAAGUGGCUGCUGGGGAUGGGAGAGCGUGCAGAGGGUGAAUCAAACACUAACGCUGUUGAUCCCUGGCGCAGCGAAGAAGCUAGAGCAGGAGAGUGAAAAGGUUGCAUGAUCUUGAACGGAGGCUUGAAUGGGGGAUCCUUUUCACGAGACAGGGUUGCGAGACAAAGCUGACUGGAUAAAAAUUUAAACACAUUUGCUACAAAUUUCCUUCCUCUGAAAGCGUCAAGGCUAGGUAAGAAAGACUAGAUUGACGUUACUACUUUUGGCUUCACUGAUGCUGCAUAAUGGAGAGGAAAACUCUUUGAGAGAAAAAAAAAUUCAAUCCAGACUGACCGCAAAGCUCUUUCGACUCAGAAUAACUUUCUGGGGUUUUGCGCGCUUAACAAGCACAACAUAAAAAUAACCUCCAUUCUCCUCAGUGGUUGAGAUUGAGACCAUUAAGAUGCCUCCUGCUGAUGCAGUCUGAACUAUAAGUGGAUUACGACGGGAAUAUUUUGGGACUGCGCUUUGAGAAAGGAAGAGGAAAAUCCAUAAGUGGUGGAUUUACAUCUGUCAGAGUGGAAGAGGAUGCUGUGCCACUUUUGUCUUUCUUUUCCUGUGGAUUACAGAUGGGCUUUGUGAUCUUUCUGCACAGUCUCCUGGAUGACUGCACACCAGUCAUUAGGAUAAAGUACAAAGGGGGACUCAAGUGGCUUGGACACAAGCAAAGAGUAAUAGAGUUGAUCCGUGAAAUUCCACUUUCCUGGAUUAGGGUUGAAGUGGAAGUCACUUUGGGUAGCACCAUAAUCUGAUCUGCAUCUUCACUGGACAAACUGAGGACACUCAUCUUCAGGACAUAGCUCCUCCUCCUCCCCUCAUUUGAGCAAGGAUGGUCCCCCCACCUCCCACCAACAAGCCACACGUGUGCCUGUCCACCAUCCUCAUCAUGAGCAGCAUGGCACUGAUUGAUGCCUACCUGGUGGAGCAGAACCACGGCCCGCGUAAGAUCGGCAUCUGCAUCAUGGUGAUGGUGGGAGACAUCUGCUUUCUGAUUGUCCUGCGCUACGUGGCCGUGUGGGUGGGGGCUGAGGUGCGCACAGCCAAACGAGGGUAUGCCAUGAUCCUUUGGUUCCUCUACAUCUUUGUGCUGGAAAUCAAGGUCUACUUUGUGUAUCAGAACUAUAAGGCUGACAGGAAGAGCCUUGAUGCUCUGUCCAGGAAGGCACUAACACUGCUGCUCUCCAUCUGCAUUCCAGUGCUCUUUGUAGUGCUGGUGGCUAUUGACCACAUGGAGUAUGUGCGUGCCUUCAAGAAGCGCGAGGAGAUACGCAAUCGUCUCUUCUGGGUGGUGGUGGACUUGCUUGACAUUCUGGACAUUCAAGCCAACCUGUGGGAGCCCCAGAAGAAGGGCCUCCCUCUGUGGGCGGAGGGCUUGAUGUUUUUUUACUGCUACAUCCUCCUCCUAGUGCUACCCUGUGUGUCUUUGAGUGAAAUCAGCAUGCAAGGUAUCAACAUUGUGCCCCACAAGAUGCUCCUGUACCCAAUCCUCAGCCUGGUGACUAUAAACAUCAUCACACUCUUUAUCCGUGGUGGCAACAUGAUUUUGUACAGGGACGCGAGGGUCUCAGGGAUCCUCAUAGGAAAGAACAUACUGGCCAUCAUCAUAAAGACCUGCAGCUUUGUCCAGUACAGGAGACAGUUACAGAGUGCCCCUCCUGCUUUUGGGGUUGAGCUGCAGAAAAAUUCAUUGGCCCAUGCUCGCCCUGCCCCCACCACUCCCCAAGCGGUCAUCCAGGACCAGACACCCCUGCCCGAGGUGACAACAUGCGAGCACACGUGACAAAAUGUUUAGCAGGACCCUCAAGAUGCUGGCAGCGCACAAUGUUUUACACUUUUUAGGUCAUGUGAACAAUCAUCUGAACACACUGAAUACUGAUGCGCACACAAGAUGUUUAGCCAGCAUCUCCGGUUCUGUCAUGCUGCAAAAUACAUCUCUUGUGACUUGGUCGAAGCGCUUUCCUCCUGUGAAUUCUGUUGAUUGUGUAUCUUUCUAAUGGUACAACAGGAAAAAACUGUAAUUCAAGAAUAUACAUUUUUGAAUUGGCUGUUGCAUCCUAAUUGUGUGACGUGGUGUGCAUUUCUGUUGCUUGAAUCUUCUUUGUAGUCGAGGGCUUUAUAACAAAACUCGAGCAAACAAUGAAGGAAUCCAAGUAAUGUGAAAAUAACUGUUCAAAUGAUGAACGUGUCUUUUCUAUGUGACCUUUUGAUAAAGUAAUGCCCUUCUUCUGUGAGAACAGGGUUUGCAUCACACAAUCUCAAAGUCAUUGGACCAGUUUAGUGUGUGUUCUGUUUUUAAUUCAAAUUCAGCAGGUCUUUAAUUAACCUGAGCUGAAAAAAUAAAAAGGACGAUGAUUUUUCCACUCAUUGCUAAAGUGGUGAUUUGCAAUGUCAUUCCUCUUGUGAGGCUGAUUUUCUGAACCCAGGUUAGUCGUUUGAGUGGGUGCAGUAUGAAGAAUAGCAUCUGCAGCUAAAUGCAUUGCUUGACUGACAGUGGCUCCAAACAUGGGCUAACACACCUGUUGAAUACGUGAUUCUCCAACAUCAGAAUAGAAAUCUCGCAAAAUUAUGUGGUCAACAUCUAUCCAAUUUUCCCUCACGAGAUGACUAAAAUUAUCUAUCUAUCUAUCUAUCUAUCUAUCUAUCUAUCUAUCUAUCUAUCUAUCUAUCUAUCUAUCUAUCUAUCUAUCUAUCUAUCUAUCUAUCUAUCUAUCUAUCUGUCUAUCUGUCUAUCUGUCUGUUUGUCUGUCUGUCUGUCUGCCUGUCUGUCUAUCUCUUCAUUACAUACAUACCCAAAAUCAGUAAAAAAAAUUGGAUAGCGGACUAAUUCAAUUUGGGUUAUUUCUUGGAAUUUUAUUUAUUUAUUUUUUUAAAUUCUAAAAUAGUACAAAUCACUGGUCGACUGGCGUUCGACAUUAUGAGGUUCCUCUAUAUAUUCCAUAGGGGAGGUGAGGAAACUGGACCAUUAACAACAAACAGCACAAGUAGCUCACUUAUGAAGCAGCUAAUUGGGAUACUUGUCUUUGUGAAGUAUGAACUAGAUUUUAAAACAGGCCUCUAUAGAAUGCACUUUCUUCUCUUAGGCUCUCCAACUAGUGGCUUCUUACAUUAUUUAUAGCACACUGGCUUCUACGACGAUGCAGUAGCUGGUACAAUAUUCGAGCCAAUGAGAGCAAAAGUGGGCUAGCUCAUAUUUUUUCAUUUUUAAGUCAAGUGCAGAAAUGAAAAGCCAUAGCUUUCUGAUAACUAUGUAUAAAGCAGGUAUACAGGUAACUAUAAUUUAUAGGGGGCAGUCCAUUGUUUUCUCAGCACUUUUUUAAAAAUUUUUUUUAGCUUGGGUGCCAGUGAAUCGGCAUGCUAAUAUAGGUGAAUUUUAUUUAUCACAUUUCAUGAGAUUGAUAGAUUUGACAGCUGUUUGGACUUAGACCACAAUUGCACUAAACCUUUAGUGGGAUCAAUUGGGCAGCAGCUUUAAAACCAUUAAUCAUUUUCCUGCAAAAUUGCAAAAAUGGGGAUAGUCCACUCAGUUUCUCAGUUCUCAUUUAUUCUGGGCAUUAUGAGAGUGGUGAAAAUUUGCAAAAGCAGCGCAUUGUUGCAAAUGCAGAAGUUGCAGCAUUGAUUUACCUAGUGUAUACAUUUACACAGUUUGAGCAAACAAUCGAAAGAAUUCAUCCUUUAGUAUUUGAUAAAUGAAUUUGCCUGAAUGACAAGUAAACCUGUUGAGCACAAGUAUGAUUGUGCAAUUUACAAUACAUUAAUCAAAAUAAUUUAAAUAAUUUCUUAAGUAACAAAAAAAUUCACUUUUAGUAGUUAGUAAUUUUGUAAUGAACCAACAUUGACAUAAAAACAUUGUUUCAGCAAUUACUUGAAGACCAGGCACUCCACCAGCUCAUAAUCUCUUGCUAUUUUUUUAUUUUUCAAGAUGGAAUUUCACAAGUGUCAUUUGUAAUUUCAAAAAAACAAACAAUUACCACUGCAUUGUGUCGAUCCUCUUGAUGCUUAUGAUGAUGAUGAUUUGCCUUUGCUGAAUGAAUAAUUAUACUGCAGCAUUUAGU